GUUGGCCUUCACUGACCUCGAUUUAACCUUUUCUUCCAUGUCAAGGAAAUGACUAUAAAGCAUGUCUGGGUUCCCUUUUUUCCUUUCCAUGCUGUGGGUAGCAAGCCAAAUCUGUAGUUUAUCUGUUACCUUUUUGACUCAGUGGGGGAGAGUGUGUGUGUAUCAAAUAUAGAAUGAAUGGGGACCGUGGUUAUGAUGCUAAGUUGGGUCCCUAUAUCAUGUGAAAGAUAUAAAGGCAAAGUAACCAUGCAGAUAUGUCGGUAGUAGUUGGCAUUAGAUCUCUCGAGUUUUACAGCUUUAAAGGUCUUGUCUUUAGGCUCCGCAUUGCUAGCAAGAUCUACAUUAAAUUUGAUUCCUGGUGUGGUGGUGCGUGCGUGGUUUUCCUUUCCCUUUCCGUCCUCUACCGGGUUGAUGGAUGCUUUCUGUAUCCAUCACUCAGAUCUCUCCUAGAAAGCUAACAUCUCAUUUUAAAAUUAAACCAUCAUAACUAAAUAGUUCUGAAAUCAUGAAGCAUAAAGAUGGAAAAUAUAAUUCACAACCUGAAAAACCUUUCAAGAUUGUCCCUGCAACAUUGCUUGUUAUCGUUCUAUGUGGGUUUUCUUUCUAUCUUGGAGGAAUCUUCUGUUCUGAGAAAAGUCGACUAGAGGGAAAGAGUGUGCAGUAUGUUUCCAAGACUGUUUCUUCUCCUAAGGAACCUGCAGUGGACCCCCUUCAAAUCAAAUCCAUGGCUUUCCAGGAAUGCAGCGCUGAUUUCCAGGAUUACACUCCAUGCACUGAUCCCCGGAGGUGGAGGAAGUAUGGUUCGCAUCGGCUUACUUUCUUGGAACGCCACUGUCCUCCGAUGUUGGAGAGGAAGCAAUGCUUGGUUCCACCUCCUGAUGGGUAUAAGCCACCUAUCAGAUGGCCAAAGAGCCGUGAUGAAUGUUGGUACAGGAAUGUGCCAUAUAAUUGGAUCAAUAAGCAGAAAUCUAAUCAGAACUGGCUGAGGAAACAAGGAGAGAAAUUCCUGUUUCCCGGUGGUGGUACUAUGUUCCCUAGAGGUGUUGGUGCUUAUGUUGAUUUGAUGCAAGAUUUGAUCCCUGAAAUGAGAGAUGGCACGGUUCGAACUGCUAUUGAUACCGGUUGUGGGGUUGCAAGUUGGGGAGGUGAUCUAUUAGAUCGUGGGAUUUUGACAGUUUCUCUUGCGCCGAGAGAUAAUCAUGAAGCUCAGGUGCAGUUUGCAUUGGAACGAGGAAUACCUGCAAUUCUUGGUGUCAUUUCUACCCAGCGCCUUCCUUUCCCUUCAAAUUCGUUUGAUAUGGCUCAUUGCUCAAGAUGCCUUAUCCCAUGGACUGAAUUCGGUGGAAUAUAUCUCCUUGAAGUUCAUCGCAUACUCCGUCCUGGUGGUUUUUGGGUCUUGUCCGGACCUCCUGUAAACUACGAAAACCGUUGGCGAGGAUGGAAUACAACUGUGGAAGAGCAGAAAUCAGAUUAUGAGAAGUUGGAGGGUUUGUUGACUUCAAUGUGCUUUAAAAUGUAUGCCAAGAAGGACGAUAUUGCUGUGUGGCAGAAAUCUUCAGAUAGUAGUUGCUACAAUAAGCUUGCUGAGCCAGAUGUCUACCCUGCCAAGUGUGAUGAUAGUCUUGAACCAGAUUCAGCAUGGUACACUCCAAUCCGCCCGUGUGUUGUAGUCCCAAAGCCAGAACUUAAGAAGUCAGCCUUAGAGUCCCUGCCAAAGUGGCCAGAGAGGUUGCAAGUCGCACCUGAACGCAUCUCAAAUGUUCCCGGUGGGAGUAGCAGUGCUUUAAAGCAUGAUGACAGCAAGUGGAAGGUCCGAGCCAAGCACUACAAAAAGUUACUCCCUGCACUUGGGACCAAUGAGAUAAGGAAUGUUAUGGACAUGAAUACAGUUUAUGGAGGUUUUGCUGCAGCUGUUAUUGAUGAUCCCCUGUGGACCAUGAAUGUGGUGUCUUCCUACGCUGCCAACACACUGCCUGUGGUCUACGAUCGUGGCCUUAUUGGAACUUAUCAUGAUUGGUGUGAAGCAUUUUCAACAUAUCCUCGAACAUAUGAUCUCCUUCACCUUGACGGCCUCUUCACAGCUGAGAGCCACAGGUGUGACAUGAAGUAUGUGCUGUUGGAGAUGGACCGAAUCCUGCGACCCAAGGGGUACGCAUUAAUACGGGAAUCAAGCUAUUUUAUUGAUGCAAUAGCCAGCAUUGCCAAGGGAUUGAGGUGGAGCUGCCAUAGAGAAGACACCGAAUAUGGUGUAGCCAAGGAGAAGUUAUUAGUUUGCCAGAAAAAGCUCUGGUAUUCCGCUAGCAGCAGUUCAAGAUGACAAUCUAUGUCUUGCCUGGUUAAGUUAAAAAGUACUAUAUAAUAUAAUAUUAUUGUUCUUCCAAGCGUAACGUUGGAGCUGAAAAGAUGGAAGUUGCAUACGGAUACAAGCAUAUCCAUAGAAAUCAAAGAGCCUCUAAAUUCAUAUUCGUCCAUUGAAGGGUUAGCCUCCCCCCAAUAAUAGUUGAUUUUAUAGAUAUAUAUUCUUUGUAAGGCAUCUAUCUAUUCUAUACACAGAUUUUUAAUUUUUUUUUCUAUAUAUUUUUUGUGGGCCUUAUUUUCUUUCUUCUAUAUGUUGUCAAUUUGGGAUGGCUGUGGAAAUAUUAUUAUUUUGUCACUUCCUUCCCAGUUGUGAUUUUACAAGUGUAAUGAAAACUCUUUCUGCUUUCUAAA